AGUUUUUCCGAAUAUUUCAGCAUUGUGCAAAAUAUCGUAUAAAAAACUAUUCGAGCCGGGAAAAUGGCGGACGGAGUGUUUCGCACGCGUUCUUUGGGUGCCCCGGCUUCCGGGUUGCCUGAUCAAUAUGCAGACGGGGUCGCUGCAAAACUCUGGGAACUCUACAUUGGCGACCACACGUCACGAACUACUUACUACAAAGACUUCCUUGUCAACCUGCUCAAGAGCCACAAGUGCAAAUACGUGCUUGACGUCGCAUGCGGCACUGGCAUUGAUUCUAUCCUGUUGCUUGAAAGUGGCUUCGAAAUGGUUUCUAUUGAUGCGUCGGACAAGAUGCUCAAGUAUGCGUUGAAGACCAGGUGGAACAACCGAGAAGACCCUCNAUUGUUGUAG